UGCAGUUUCUGCUUAUGAUGAAGCCGGGUGGUGCUGGAAACGCAGUGUAGGUCUGCUGACACCUUUGGGAGAAUAAGGCCUUCAAUUUUCCUCGGUUCUGAAUUACGUAUGGUAUCGGUAGAAAACGAGUGAUAUGCAACAGGAACAGCUUACAUAUUAAGCUAUGAGAUCAAUUUGAGAAGAAACACUAUCUUUACAGAGGAAACACAAGGUAAAGUUGUAGCAAAAUGUUCCUUACAGCAUUUUUGCUUCGAAAAGGAAUACCAGGCAAACAAUGGAUAGGGAAAUACAGACGUCCGAGAAAGAUAACAUGGCAAAUGAAGCGCAAUGUACUUCGGAGGUUGGAGAUUGAAAAGGAGACAGAAUACUGGCUCAGCCGCCCUUGGAUGACAAGGGAACAAGAAAAAGGUCAUGCAAAGCAACGCAGAGCUGAGCAGUGGGAAGCUUUCAAGACUGCCAGAGCUGCAACUUUCCCUGCACCAAAGUACGUUGAAGAUCAUCUAAACCACUUAAAUACAACAAAAAAAUGGGGAAUUUGAAGCCAUUUUUGAAGAUGCUUCUUGAUAAUUGUAAACUCCAUGGGUUUUGUGAUUUCUAAAGUGCGUGAAAUAUCCUGUCAUGGUCAGAGUAAGUUUAUGAUCAUUAUCAGGGAUAUUGUACUUGUAUUCCACUGGUCCUGAUGAAAUAGUAUCUGUUAAGAAACAUGAAAAUUAAAUAUUCCUGACCUUAACUACAUUUUUUUUAUUGCUCUGGUUUCUGCCUUAGAUAAUUAGAAAAACUACCACUGCUGCCAGUGU